GUUAGCGCGGCAACACUGCAAAACGCACAUGUUGUCUUUUGAGUAGAAUUUUUUUUCCUAAUGGUACCAAAUUUUAUAUUUUAUCCAAGUUAAAAUGAAGGUAGUGAAAAAAAGUAAAACUUUGUUUUCUAUGAAGAAAAACCUUAAAUCGGUUGAAGCCACAAAAAAACUGAAUGUGAAAAAUUCUGUCGAUAAAGAUAAGUCAGCUGCUUUGCGGAAUACCAAGUUGAAAGGGAAGGAUAAAGCUAUCGCAAAGGAAACUUCUAAAGAAGGCACCAAUGCCGGUAAGAAAUCGACUGAAAAUAAAAGCAAAGCUAAAAAAUCGCACAAAAAAGAACUUGAAGGUUUGAAAAAUAUCGAUCCAGAGUUUUACGAUUUUUUGAAGCAAAAUGAUAAGAAGUUGUUGGAUUUUAACAUAUUCGGCAGUGAUGAAUCGGAUGACGAAAGUCCUGAUGACAUCGCUAUAAACGAAAGUAAAAGCAAUGAAAUAUUUGGAGAAGAUGCAAGUGACAAUGAAGGGGUAAACGAUGCGUCUGAUGACAAUGGUAAUGAUAAUGAUGAGAAAUACCACACACCUAGUGCCGCAUUAGAAGUAGCAAGUGAUGAAAGCGACUUUGAAGAGGAUGGGGCUGCGACUGUUCCUGAUGGUGUGCAAAAAGUAACAUUAAAUCAGCUUCGACAAUGGCAAUUACAAUUAGAAAGCCAAAAUGUUUCUUUGGACGUGGUGCGCAAAGUCAUUCAGGCUUUUAAUUCGGCCCUGGCAAGUAUUACGUCUGAAGAAAAGAAUACUCCACCAACUGCAUUUAAAGUAGUUGGGUCAGCUACUUUCAACGGUGUGGUCCAGUUGUGUGUUCUACAUUUACAACCAGCAAUUCUACGCAUACUUGGCUUAAGCACCCGUUCGGUAACGCCACUUCAUAAAACCAAAAAAUGGGUUAAGGUACGGGGUUGUUUACGAUAUUAUUUAACUGAUCUGGUACGAUUGAUAGAGCAAGUUUCCAGUCCGAAUAUACUUUCUGUUUUACUUAAACAUUUGCACCAAAUGGCUGCAAUGACUGCAUCGUUUACAUCCCUUGGAAAAAGUAUAUUGAAACGUCUAAUUGUGUUAUGGUCAACUGGAGAUGAAACGGUUCGAGUUCUAGCGUUUCUUUGUAUUCUUAAAAUAAUCCGUAAUCAACAGGUUUCAGUUUUACAUCAUGUACUAAAAGCCAUGUAUCUGUCUUAUGUGCGGAACUCGAAAUUUGUUUCCCCCAAUACACUUCCUAGCAUAAAUUUCAUGCGCCGCUCUUUAGUAGAAAUGUUCGCUUUGGAUUUGAAUGCAUCUUACCAGCAUGCCUUUCUUUACAUUCGACAAUUGGCAAUCCACUUGCGCAACGCUGUAAUAUUAAAGAAAAGGGAUAGUUUUCAAGCAGUAUAUAAUUGGCAGUAUGUGAAUUCUUUGCACUUGUGGGCUGAUCUUUUAGGAGCCACGGCUAACAAGCCUAAUUUACAACCACUUGUAUAUCCAUUAGUUACUAUAACAUUGGGAGUUAUACGUCUUAUACCAACAGCGCAAUACUUUCCGCUGCGUUUUCAUUGUAUAAAAGUGCUUAUAACAUUGGCCAAAGAAACGCACAUAUUCGUUCCCGUCCUUCCAUUAAUUUUGGAAGUUUUGCGCAGUAAUACUUUUAAUCGUAAACAUACAACUGCAUCCAUGCGGCCCUUGCAAUUCACCUGUAUUUUGCGCCUUAACAAAGUUCAGUUGUCAGAAAAUGGUUUUCGCGACGAAGUAAUCGAGCAAGUGUGUAGCACUGCCUUAGAGUACUUGUCACUUGAAUCGGCGUCAUUAGCAUUCGUUGAUUUGGUUGUACCGACAGUAUUAGCGUUGAAGAGCUAUCUCAAAGUGUGCCGUAAUGCGAAUUACUCGCGAAAACUGAAACAACUAUUGGACAAAAUUCAGGAAAAUUCACAACUCAUCGACCAAGAGCGACGUAAAAUUACAUUCAACCUUAAUAAUUUGGCAGAAGUUCAAGCUUGGGAAACAAAAGUACGCAAUAAAGGAACGCCUUUAGCUAUCUACUACGACAGUUGGAUUAAGACGCACGAGACAAAGAAACGACGACAGGCGGCGCAAAUUGAUAGUAUCAAUACAGGUUAUGAUGUCCCAAGCAUUAAGCGACCCAAAAAAGAUGGUGUAACAAUUCGAAAUGAUAACGGAGAACUUGAAUUAUUCCCAUCUGAUUCCGAAGAUGAGAAACUGCUUCCCCCACAUAUUAAUGGAGAAGAUUCCACUCCUGUAAAUGAGAGGCGGAAUAAAAAACAAAAGCAAGAAAAACAAAAGAAAACUAAAAAAACUGUGCCUGAAGUUGAAAUACCAAUUGAAGAUUCACUUGCGGAAAACGUCGAUAUUGUGAAAGACUUAGAUCUAAACGACUGGUGAAAUGAAGUUUUGUUUUAUAGAAGGGAACUAUCAUUUAUGUUGAAUUUAUUACUAUAUCGAAAUAGAGUCUAAUAAAUAAUUCACUAUGUGAAAAAGUAA